AUGUGGGAACUUCGGUCUGCCUCCUUUUGGAGGGCCAUAUUUGCUGAAUUCUUUGCCACACUGUUCUAUGUCUUCUUUGGGCUGGGAGCCUCACUGCGUUGGGCCCCGGGACCCCUUCAUGUCCUGCAGGUGGCUUUGGCCUUUGGCCUGGCCCUGGCUACAUUGGUGCAGACGGUGGGUCACAUCAGCGGAGCCCACGUCAAUCCUGCAGUCACUUUUGCCUUCCUUGUGGGCUCCCAGAUGUCCUUGCUCCGCGCCUUCUGCUAUAUGGCAGCCCAGCUUCUGGGAGCUGUGGCUGGAGCAGCUGUGCUGUACAGCGUCACCCCGCCAGCUGUCCGUGGAAACCUAGCACUCAACACGCUGCACGCUGGGGUCAGCGUGGGCCAGGCCACCACUGUGGAGAUCUUCCUGACGCUGCAGUUCGUGCUCUGCAUCUUUGCCACAUAUGAUGAGAGGCGGAACGGCCGCCUGGGCUCUGUGGCCUUGGCGGUCGGCUUCUCCCUCACCCUGGGGCACCUCUUUGGGAUGUAUUACACAGGUGCAGGGAUGAAUCCUGCCCGCUCGUUUGCUCCAGCCAUCCUCACCCGGAACUUCAGCAACCACUGGGUGUACUGGGUGGGCCCGAUCAUCGGAGGGGGCCUGGGCAGCCUCCUCUAUGACUUUCUCCUCUUCCCCCGGCUCAAGAGUGUUUCUGAGAGACUGUCUAUCCUCAAGGGAGCCAGACCCAGUGACUCCAAUGGACAGCCCGAGGGUACAGGGGAACCUGUAGAACUGAAGACUCAGGCCCUGUGAAAGAUCCAACUGGGGAGAGGAGUGGAAUGCUUCUGGGUUUCAAGGAGGGGCAGAGCCAGCCCUUGGAUGGAGAA